GGGGCCAUUCUUUCUCCCAGGAAAGGGUCCCCAGCACUCCCAGGGGUCAAGCUUGCUCACGCUCAAGUCUAGCUUUUACCCCGAGUUGCAAUUUUGUCUGUGAGGAGAAUGGAGCUCAGUACGUGGGGAGCUGCAUGUUGCAGCAGAAACUUCACGGACUUUGGAGUCGGACACUUGCCCUCGAACCCCAGUUCCGCCGGGACUCUGGGAAAGUGACCCCGGCUCCUCUCCAAAAUGGGUUAAUAAUCCCUUGCCUGUGGGGUUGUUGUGAGGCCUGGAUGAGCUCACGGCUGUGGAUGGGAUUAGCCGGCUGUAAAAGGCCACAUAAAUGGUAAUCACUGGCAUUAGGAAGUGCUCCAUAAAUGCUCGUGGGAAAUGAGGCAGAGGAACCCCUCCCUGGCUGCACAGCAACGUUCGCUGUCCCAGCCUCCGGGAUGCAGGUGCAAGGCCCCUCUGCAGCCCCCACUGCGUCACGCUCCAACUUCCUCGGAGGCUGUCCCCAUAGAGCACGGACAGUAAGGCUGUUCCUGGCCCCAUGCCAACUGGGGAAAUUCAUGUUGCUGAUCUGCAUUCCUUGUCUCCACCAGGGCAGUGAGUGUCCUUAUGCAGAAGAACCACAGCCAGCCCCUCCCUUCCACUACAUAACUCACCAGCAACCCAAGUUCUGGUCCCCAGAAAUGUCCCCACCAGGGUAGGAUGCGAUCCUGGGCUGAAUCAAGGGUGCCCCAUUUCAUAGAUGUCAGCUGCGGAGGACCUCAGAACCAGGCUUCCAGAGCAAAGGACAGGAGAGAGGCCUGGGGUUGGCAGAAGGUAGGAAUAAGGCAACGAGAAGGAGGUAGGGUGAUGCCGCUGGUGCUGACCUAGGCCCGGGCAUGAGGAUACCAGGCACCCACCCCCCCUUCACUGCAGUCUCACCCACAUACCUGCCAGCCCAGGGAGCCAGACCCAGCCUUGCCCUGCCAGGCUGGAGAGAAGGCGUGGGCCAGGAGAGAGCCGCAGGUGUUUACUCUGAAUAUGUGCCUGGAGAAGUCCGCCUGCCCGCCUGCCCACCCACCGGCUCACUCUCCCUGGGCUUAUUGGCUUAGAAAGCCCCACCCAGCAGGGGUGUGAGAAACAAAAGCUGCCUCCAGGAGGUCCUCAGGCAGACGAACAAGCCCAGGGACAGGAGAGUGGCUACUAGACCCAAGAAAGGUUCUCCCAGGCCCCGUGGCCCCCAGGCCCUGAGUGGGUGCUCACAGGUGUAGAUCGGCCACGUGAGGAGCCAGGGACACGAUCAGCAUGAACUGGGCAUUCCUGCAGGGCCUCCUGAGCGGGGUCAACAAGUACUCCACGGCGCUGGGCCGCAUCUGGCUGUCGGUGGUGUUCAUCUUCCGCGUGCUGGUGUACGUGGUGGCCGCUGAGGAGGUAUGGGACGAUGAACAGAAGGACUUCAUCUGCAACACCAAGCAGCCGGGCUGCCCCAACGUCUGCUACGAUGAGUUCUUCCCCGUGUCCCACGUGCGCCUCUGGGCCCUGCAGCUCAUCCUGGUCACGUGCCCCUCGCUGCUCGUGGUCAUGCACGUGGCCUACCGCGAGGAGCGCGAGCGGAAGCACCGCCUGAAACACGGGCCCAACGCCCCAUCCCUGUACGACAACCCGAGCAAGAAGCGUGGCGGGCUCUGGUGGACGUACUUACUGAGUCUCAUCUUCAAGGCCGCCGUGGACUCUGGCUUCCUCUACAUCUUCCACCGCCUCUACCAGAAUUACGACAUGCCCCGCGUGGUGGCCUGCUCUGAGUCGCCCUGCCCCCACACAGUGGACUGCUACAUCUCCCGACCCACAGAGAAGAAGGUCUUCACCUACUUCAUGGUGGCCACAGCUGUGAUCUGCAUCCUGCUCAACCUCAGUGAGGUCACCUACCUCGUGGGCAAGAGGUGCCUGGAGACCCUCGGCCCCAGGCAUCAGAAGUCUCGGCGCCACGGUCACCUACCAGAUACAUGCCCACCAUAUGCCCUCUCCCAGGGAGAGCCCCACCAAGACGGGACCUCUGUCCUAAUGAAGGCCGGCUCCGCCACAGUGGACGCAGCUGUGUAUCCAUAACCUGUGAAGCGGGCAGCUGGGACCAUGCGACCCCCCGCCUGCUCCCUAAGGCCACGGCAGGGCAGUGGCAUCUUUUCUGUGGCAGGUCAGGUGAGGAGGGUAGUUGUGGGGCUCAGGAAGUCCACCCAGGGGCCAGUGGGGGAACUGUUCCGUCUCUAGGUCCUGAGCCUCAGGACAGGGAAGUUGAUGGCUAGUGAGGAUUUUAUAUGUGGCAAUAGAGUAGGCCAAAACCCUUAAUAAAUAUGAUUUUCCCAGAACUUUGCAGACCAGGUGGGGAGGGGUGGAGUGGAAAGCAGGGGGCUUCACGAUGGACCUCAGAGAGGAGGCCAAGGUCACUUGGCGGGCACCUGAGCUCCAGAACAUCAGAUCCAGGUUCACCCAUCACACACACACACACACACAUUCACACACACAGUGUGUCCCCGGGACAUGGUGGGGAAUGACCUGAGGCUGCUCCAGAGGUCUCUGGAGCUGCAACCAGCUGUCAAGGCAAGAGGAGAGGGACCCCAGGAGCCCCUGAGCCCUGUGCAAGUCAGUUCCCAGCGAGUGUCCCUCAGAUGGAUGUGUGUGGCUCAAGAGGCCCCUGCCUCCCCCAUUCCCUCACCCUGCCCAGCACAGGUCCUCUCUGGGGGUGGGAGGGGAAGGCUUGCUGAGAGCAGGUCCAGGAUGGGGGUUCUGCCAGGGUGUUUAGGAGGCAUAUCCCCAUGCGCAAGGGACCCAUUGAGAGUGUCCAAGCUGAAGAGUCACUCAAAGAUCCUCAAGUCUGAGGAAUUGCCCUUCUCUUUACACAUUCCCUCACCCUCCCCUCCCCCUACCACUCAGACCUCGGCAACUCCCAAAACCAACCUCCAGCCUGGACUUGCCUCUGAGCCCCAGAGCCCCCACCAGCUGCCCAUGGACAACCCUCCAGGAGGCCCCUAGGUGUCUCCCACUCAGCAACUCCCAAGCUGACCUCGUCGUCAUCUUCCCCCAAACCUGCCCUCCUCGCAGAUCACCACCCCCACCCCCAUGGCACUGCCAUCCAGUCAGUGGUCCAAGCUGGGAGCUGGCCUGACAUCCUCAUCCCCUCCCCAUCUCCCAGCCCCUCACCCCACAUCUCAGUGCAGCACCAAAUCCCACUAAUUCCCACCCUAAAUGCCUCCUGAGUCUGCCCCUCAUCUCCACCCCACAGCCUUACCACCUGCCUCUCACUGGGCCUCUCCUGUCUGCCCUCCACUUCGGCGGGGACAGAGUGGUUUUCCUAUAAAUGAAUCUGGAACAUGUCAUUCCUUGUGCCUUAAGAAUUCUUCCACCACCACCACCACCCCUACCGCCCUCAGCCUGGCCCCUGCUGACCUCCCCAACCUCACUCCCCACUUCCUCCCUCCUUACACCCACUGACAAUACCAAAGGACUCGUGGUUCCCCAACCAGAUACACCAUGCUGUGACAUGCCUCAUGCCUACAAGAUGCUGUUCCCUCUGCCUGGAAUGCCCUUCCUCCCUCCUCUGGGACCCUUCCUGGAACCCCAAGGACAGCCUUAACUGCCUUCUGCUUGUGCCAGCCUAGCCCAUGCCUCUGCCAUCUCCCCGAAUCUGGGUGGCUGAUUCUCCCCAUCAGUUUGUGAGUCCAUAGGGGCAGGAUGCUGAGUCAUCCAGGUGCCAGGGCCUUCAAUAAAUGUUUGUUAAAUGAGUAAAUGGCCUGUGAGCCGCUUGGUGGAGGUGACUGUGUCUUGUUUGUCUGAAUCCCCCACCACACCUCGCCCAGGGAGUUCAGCAUAGUGCUUUCUUGUUUGUUUAUAUGUUUUGUUGUUGUUUUACCUAAAUCCAGCCUAAAGGUCUCAUUUACAGGUGAGGAGACUUUGCUCUGGAGAGGGGAGGGGAAUUUCCAAGGCCACACAGAUGAGCUGAGCCUGGGGGGCUGUUUCCCCUGUGGUCCAUGGAGAGCCUCCAUGCCUACCCCUGAUUAUGGGACAAGAUGAGAGGGUCCCCUCUCCCUAGGUCAGGGUCCCUGAGCUGAGCCAGUGGCAGGAAUUCGUGAGCAUGUGAAGGCGGAGCAAGGGCAGUGGGAUGGGGGGACGGGGUUGAGCUGGGGGCUGAGCUGAGCAGGGUAUGGGCUCAGGGCAAGUUAGCCUCGGCCUGACCCCUGUGGAGGGAGGGGCCUUUGGACCAUAAUUCCCGCCACAGAGUUGUUCCCACUGGAGGAAAAGGCACCUGGCUUUGGAACUCUCAUAUCAGUCAGUCAUUGGCCCCAGGCCACCCAGAGGGCAGGAGGGUUGGGAGGAAGGGGUAGUGCCUCCCACUCAGUCAAGGUCCCUUCUCCAGGGGCAGCUACAAGCCGUGAGUGGCCAGUAUUCACAGCAGCUGGGAAAUGGGCAUCCCCCAGUAAAGGGGACAGGGGCAGGGCACCAACGCCAUCUACUGAUCCUGACCCCAGGAAACAAGGGCGCCCCCUCCUCCAAUCCAGACCAGAGGUGUGACUGCCCAGUCCCAGAGAACAGGGGGCACUCUCCACCAGUUCGGAACCAGAUGGCCGUGCACUGCUCAUAUCUGAGGUAGCUCCAUGUGCAGGGCCGGGGAGCAGCCAUGGUCAACUCCCCCUGAGAUUGCAGAUUCCCCAUUCCAGGGGAUGCUGCUGGGCCAGCAUGAGGUGAGAUAUCCUGGACCUGACUAGUCCCGUGGCAGCUGUCUUCAUGGGUGCUGUUCCCAGAGGUCUCAAGUGCUGAGCCACUGAGCUAGAUGGAGAUGGAACAGCAUCCGACCAGCCUGAGGCCCCAGGAUCAGGCUGGGAUAACCCUCUAGGAAAUGCUUGAGUCGUGGCACUAUCUUAUUCUCAGUCCCACCCACACUCUCGAGCCCCCUCCAUGGCCCUCACCACCACUCUCAGAUCUCUUUGCCUCCACCUUCUUGAAAAUUCUUCGCUUAGCUUAGGCCCCUGCCGUCUUUCUCUUCCACCCUCUGCCCGCCCCUAUUCCUGCCACCCACUGCUCCUCAUUCAUUAAAGACUGGAGCACAUGACUCAGAGUCUUCUGGUAUUCUCUCAUGACUCAGGGCCACGGGGACCACCUGUGUGUCCCUGUCCUCUUCAUUCCAUGCCCUCCUCAUCCCCCGUGACCUCCUCCUCCACUCCACUUCGCUACCCACUCACAGGACCGCACCCCAGAGUUUGUCUUCACUCAGAACUGCUCCACCUCCAGAAUCUUCCAUUUGAUUUAAGUCGACAAAUACAUAUUGUUCACUUCUAUGUGACGAGCCCCAUGCUAGGUGCUGAGGAGUCACCUGGGAAGAAUCGGGCACAGUCCCUGUGCUCCUGGAGCUUACAUUCUCUGACGAGGACAGCUGCUAAACUCCCGGCAUGCUGAGGAAGCACGGGUGCCAGGGGAGGGGACAGUGGAGCCAAUACCGAGGCAUCCAGGAAAAGGUCCCCUGAGACUUCUUAAGCUGACACCUAAAGAAAGAGGAGGAUUUUGUCAAGCAAAGGGUGGAUAGGAUUCCAGGCAGAGGGGACAGGACAUGAAAGGCCCAGAAAGGAGAGUAAAUCUGAUGACAAAGACGGGAAGUGACCCAGGAGGGCUUGAGCCAGGCGAGGGGGCUCGUGGUAGGAGUUAGGCUGCAAUAGACAGAGGCCGGAUCCAGGAGUGAUUUCUUUGUAAAGCCAUGUUCGUGAUUUUGGACUUUAUCCUAAGGACAAUGAAGAGACUUAGCACAGAAAUGACAUGAUCUAAUUUGCAGUGUCUCUGGCUACAAUGCGGAGGGGCCAAGGCAGGGCUGCCUGUCUGGAAUCUGACACAAUAGUCCAAGUGACAAACAACAAUGGCCCAAAGUAGGGUGUGAGCAGUGGGGAUGGAAAGAAGUAGCUGGAUUGAAGAAAUGUUUACGAGAUAGGAUCGGAAAGCUUUGGUGACUUGAUUGGGUGUGGGGAACCGGUGGAGAGACACCCAGGUUUCUGGCUCUGGGUGGUGGUGCCAUUUACCCAGUGGAGGAGCAGGUUUGAGGGAGACAUCAAUCACUUUGACAUGCUGAGUCUGAGAUACAGUAAGAUAUCCUGGUGAUUCCCUCUGGUUCGUGGCCCAUCUCAGCCCCUGGCUCGCUGUCUUUCUCUCCACUUCUACACUUAUCAUUCUUGGUGACUUCACAUCCAACACCUCCUUGACCUCCUAACAAUUGGAAACACCAGUUAUCUUUUUCUCUACCCAUCAAACCCAACUACAUGCACACUCACACACCAGGCCUUGUCUGUACCAAGAGCUGCAGCAUCUCCUAUCUAGCUAGCUCACUCACUCUACUUGCCUCUCUAGCCACCCUUCUGUCCCAUCUAUUGACCCACCACUAUUUCACCAUUCAUUACCAGCUUCCCAUUCUCCCUUCCUUCCUUUCCAGCUUAAACUCCGUGGGCCACCAUGUAGUCACUGAUUCGUAAAUAUCCUCCACUCCCUUACCUUUCCGUGUUUUUAUGGUUACUCACCUGGCAAGACCCUAACUCCAGUUAAACUUAACUCUCCUUGUGGCACCUGUUCCAGAGCACCUGGAGAACAAUGCAAGUGGACUGACUGGUUUCAAUCAAAACUUCAAGUGGGUACUCAGGACCUCUAAGAAACUCUACAUUUUCCUAAAACUUUAACCCUAUUCUCCAAGAGGAUUAUGUACUUUCUCCUCUUUCCCCAAACCUCCAGCCCCCAUCCGCCUAACCCUCCAUUUCAGCUGAUAGCCAGGCAUUAUACACCACUGGGAAAUAGAAGCCAUAGGCAAGCGCCAGCUCAUCUCCCCACGACCACGUCUGCCCACGUCAUGGUGUGAGCGUCGUUCACUCUGCCUUCUCCCCAGUAACGUGGAUGAAGUGUCCCCGCUCCUGGUACACCCUCCUCCACGGGGACACGGGACCCUAUGACCUAUGACCUACUCUGGACGGUGUCCACAGUCAUCACCUCACAAUCCCCUUUCAAUAAAUAUGUUAUCAUGUUUUCCUCUCUCUCUUCUUUUAAUUUCCUCUUGACACCUCCUCCUCCUCCUGCUACUACCCUGUUUACAAAAAACAAAAUCCUCUAAAAGUUGUCUAUGCUUGCUGUCUCUACAUCCUCAUCCCACUAACCCAUUCCGGUCGGGACUGCUCUUGUCAAGAUCUCCAAUGGCCAACAAGUUGCCAAAUCCAGUGGUCAAGUCUUCCUCCUCCUCUUACUCCCUCAGCAACAUUUGGCCAUUGAGAACUCCCUCCUUAACAGGUCCCAGUCCUCCCUUGGCUCCCAGGCAGCACCCUUCCUGGCUUUCCUCCCACCUCACUGAUGGGUCUUUCUGGAUCUCCAUCGAUGCCUCUUCUUCCUCUUGCUGAUCUCUAAAUGCAGGAUGCCCUGCAGCCCAGUUCUCUACCCUCUUUUCUCCUUUGUAUGCAUUUUCUCCUCAGUGACUGGUUCAGUACCAUCAACAAAACCAUCUCUAAACUGAUGACUCCCACAUUUAUAUGUUCAGACCUAACCGCUCUCAUGAGUAUUAGAGUCAUGUAUCCAACUUCCUAUUUGUCAACCAAAUAGAAAACUCCUGAUUGCCUUAACAGAGAACAGGUUUAUGUUCUCUCCCAGUCUUCCCCACCAUGGAAGAUGCCAUCCCCAUCCAUGCAGCUGCUCCAUUCCAAAACCUAGGUCUCUCUUUCCUCAUAAUCACAUCCACACCAUUAGCAAGUCAAGUUGGAUAUAAUUCCAAAAUACGUUCAAGUCCAUUACCUUCCUACCAUCUCCAAGUGCUUCCAUCCCAAGCCAAGGCAUCUCACUGAAUACCUGGAGACCUGGAGACCUGGAUACCUGCAGCAGCUGGUUCCCUACCUCCACUCUAUCGCCUCUGCUGUUCCUCCUCCACAUGGCAGCCUGAGAGAUCCUUCUAGCAUGUAAAUCAGAUCAGUUAGGUCACUCCUCUGCUUAAAACCCUCCAACUAGCUUCCCAUCACGGCCCUAAAAAUGAAAAUAAACCACAC